GGAGAUUACUGAAACCAAUGUUUAUAUUCAUGUUUACUUACUGUGACGUGAAUAUAAAACAUGCUCAGCCUACUGUGAAUAUGUAUCAACUGGGGGCCUAUUUGCAUGGUAAACACUAUGAAAUGACUUGAACAUGCAUAUCACAAGGGAUAACAGGGUGUUAUUUAAAAACAUGAUUUUUACUUAUGGGCAACACUUUUGGAAGAAAUGUGUUGUCAUUUGUGCACUUUUAGAAAUCAUCCAAUGCAAACAUACGUAGAGAACCUCCACACAUUCCCAUACGUGUCCUCAUCCAAUGAGAAAACCAAGUUCAUUCACAAAUUCACCGUCAGCUGUGGCUUAUUGUCUCAGGUGACCAAUAGGAGAGGAGAUGGCUAAGACCCCAGCCUCCAACUUCAAUUGAUUAGGAAAACCGGUGUAGCACAGGGCCAGAUUUGAGUUUUGGGAGUUGGUUGUUGGUGAUCUACGGGCCUAAUUGAUGGCCGUCACAUGCGCACCAGCAAGAAUUGCGUAGACUAAUAUUGAAGCGCGCGUACUGAAGAGGACAUUUCGUGCCAUUCAUUCAAGCUUGAGUUUGGAUCAUUUAAAAGCACGGAUUGGCAUGGAGCCAUUGAUUACGGUUUAUUGAUUACCAGACCAGCAUCGACGUUUUCUUGCCUGAAGUUUAAAGAGAUUUGUUUGAGAAGAUGACGGAGCGUCUCCACAGCCCGAAUGGAGCGGACUGCAGCAGCCGACCCUACGAGAUUAACAGGGCCAUGUAUUCUCAAACCCCAGGCUUGGAUGGACUUUGCGGUGCGUCUUUACAGUUCGCGCACGGCAUGCUUCAGGAUCCUAGUCUACUGUUUAACAAGACCCAUUUCAAUGGCGUCAACCCUCCGCCGCCGCAGAGUUUCUUCCCAUUUGCAGGCGAUUUUAAGUCUAAUGAUUUACAAACUAGUGAUUUUAUGCAACCCAGACCCUGGUAUCCAUUUGCGGCACCCGAGUUCACCGGCCAGGUCGCUGGGGCCACCACAGCCGCCCAGCCAGCAAACAUCAGCCCACCUAUCGCUGAAACGAGGGAGCAAAUCAAGAUGCCUUCUGAGGUCAAAACGGAGAAAGAUGUUGACGAUUACUCCAACGAAGACCACAAACCUCCAUCACAAUUUAAUCAUCCUCCUGGGACAUCAUCUGUGGCCACCGGAAUGUACUAUUCCACACCAUGGAACCCUUCCUUUUGGCCCGGUCUGCCUCAUAUCACGGCCCCUGCUAAUAUUUCUCAAGCUCCUCCGACACCCACGGCAUCAUCUCCAUCUUUAUCACCAUCCCCACCGGGGAAUGGCUUCGGAAGUCCGGGAUUUUUCAACGGUGGCUCUGCGCAAAACAUGGCCUCUGGCCAGGCGCAAACUGCUCCGCGAAGUAGCGGAUCGUCCAGUGGAGGGUGCAGUGAUUCCGAGGAAGAGGAGAAUCUAACUACAGAGAAUUUGGAGCAGUUUGCUAAAGAACUGAAACACAAGCGCAUUACGCUGGGUUUUACGCAGGCAGACGUUGGACUCGCUCUGGGAAACCUGUAUGGUAGGUUGGGUGCUCAUUACUAUAAUAUUUGUAUGUGCAUAAGUCGACUCACCCAGUUGCUUAAAUGUUACUUUUUCUAUUCAGGAAAAAUGUUCAGCCAGACAACCAUUUGUCGUUUUGAGGCGCUUCAACUUAGUUUCAAGAACAUGUGCAAAUUAAAACCAUUACUACAAAGGUGGCUAAAUGAGGCUGAAAACUCCGAAAAUCCACAAGAUAUGUACAAGAUUGAACGGGUUUUUGUUGACACAAGAAAAAGAAAGCGGAGAACCAGUUUGGAAGGCACCGUGCGCUCUGCUCUCGAGUCGUACUUCGUGAAAUGCCCUAAACCCAACACUCUGGAGAUAACGCACAUAUCCGAUGACCUAGGCCUGGAAAGAGAUGUGGUACGCGUGUGGUUCUGCAAUCGCAGACAAAAGGGAAAACGUCUGGCGUUGCCCUUUGAUGAUGAGUGUGGUGACGGUCAGUACUACGAGCAGAGCCCUCCACCUCCCCCCAACAUGGGUGGCACAGUUCUCUCAGGGCAAGGCUAUCCUGGACCAGCCCAUCCUGGAGGAGCCCAUGCCCUAUACAUGCCAGCCCUGCACCGACCGGAGGUCUUUAAAAACACCCUGCACCCCGGACUGGUGGGUCAUCUCACCAGUUAAACUGACCAGCUCUCCACACAUCUUUGUCUUAACACCUGCGUCACAUUACUUCGGUCCAGAAGACCUUGAUAGGUGCAUGCCAAAGAUGAAUUGCUGUUUAUAGAAAAACAAAUAGCAGAUUUAUUUUUAUGUACAUUCCAUUAUUAAUUGGAUGUGCCUUGGGACACUCGGUGUCUGGUUUAGGCUGUGCCUAUGCACAAUAGCAGCCUGAUGGGUCAAUUUUUUUUAAAUAGAUGAUUUGUUAAACGAUGUGUUUGCACAAGUUCAAAUAUAAUUUUAUAGUUGUUUUUAUGACUUCUUACUGCUCAUGUUACAUUUUUUAUGUACAUAAUGUUUGUCUCUAUAGUUCAAUAUUUGGUGACCUCAAAGUUUUCAUAUGUUUCUGUGUAAUUCUAAAUGCAUAGAUGUGUAAACUGACAGCAAAUUCAGGACUUAGUAUUUUGACCAAUGAGAUGGAUUUAUUUUUCUUUUAUCAUUUGGAGGAGACCUUUUCAGAUGGUCCCCAAAGAACACCAGUCACUGUUCUUCUCUAAAUGCCUGCACUCUCCUCCAAUCUCAACCGAAACGAUUUCUGAAUGCAAUAACUUUUAUUAAUCAGGGUGAUGUAGAUAAAAUCUGCUGCCAGUUGAGUUUGAAAGCUGCUUUGUGGAGCUUAUGUGCCUUAUUCUGUUUACUGUUCCUGCUCUCAUCCCUAUGCAUGUGAAUGGAAGCCAUAUUUGAUAAUUUAUUGAAAUGCUGCUCUAUUGCAAUCCACACGAUACAGUUUUUCUCUCUGUGUAGCAAUUAAAUCAAAACCCAUUUGACACUCAUUUCUAUCUUCUGUUUUGGCCUUGUUUUUGCAGUAAUGUCCGUUUUGUAAACCAGUUGUUUUACUACAGGAUACAGAUUUUGCAUUAGACGUAAAGUGGUGACAGUUCAAAAUUUGUCAAAGUAUCGUAUCUAAAUCCAAUACAACAAUUCAGUAAUUUAUUUAAUUGUCAAUUUUUGGCCAAAUAAUUAUUCUGGUCUGUAAAAGUCAUCUUUAUAUUUCUCAAAAUUGGACCUUUUUGUACCGUUUACAGUGUUCCUUGUUUUUUUUUUUUAGAAUGAGGACAUGUCAUAGCGCUCAUAUAUAUAUAUAUAUAUAUAUACACACAAAUAAAUUGUAAAUGUGUAUAUGGUGUGACUGUAAAAAUUGAUGCAGCUUACAAUGAUCAAUCUUGCAAUUUUAACAGUUUUUUUUCUAAAAUUUUGCUGUCACACCGUAGGACACAUGUACAAUAUAUUUAUAUAAAUUUGUCAUAUUUAUAAAGUAUUAAAAAACACAGGCAUAAAAUGAUGUAUACACUUCGCACAGAUAAAAAAAAUUCAAUUUCAUGAAUGUAAAUGUUGUUUCAACCUGGUUAUUUUUCCACUUUGUCUAGCUCUAAGUAGAUGCAUUCAUGCCAAAAUACUAUGAUGUUUAUGAGUGCAAAGCCCAUAAGCAUUUUAUUUUACUUCCCAUACAUAAUUAUAUGGUUUGUUGCACUAAAUUUGAAUUUUUACACUAGUUUCCACAACCCCUUUAGAAUCACUGUUAAAAAGAUAUGCAAAGUAUUUUAACUCAAAAUAACAUGGUCACAUCCUUCAAGGAUGUAAGCAUGUUGACAGGGAAGGAAACAGGUUCAUUCGUUGUGGUUUCAGUUUGGCACCGGUGCCUCAUAAAUGUGAUAGUUCACACCACAAUCUUUGUUGCAUGCACACCCAGGUGCAUAUCACCCUUCUGUGCUUGAAUGACUGGUGCGUCCUGGUCAAAUUCUGAUUACCACAAACGUGUUAAGUGCCUAAAGGCAGAGCUACGUUGCAAAAUUUGUAGUGAGUAUUGUUAGUCAAAUGCCUUUAUAAGGAAUGCGGAAUAUAUUUUUAAUGCCUAUGCUUCACUACAACGAUGUGAAUAUCUGUAGUUCGCCUCUGAUCCUAAAGAUGGCGCUAUCACUUGCGUUGAGAUUUAUGGGCCUGUUUGGAAUGUUGAAAUCUGUUUUUUUAUAAACAUGUUCAUUUUGUUAUGAAUUUAACUGUUAAAACAAAAAGUAAAAACAAAAUUGUUAGUUACUUGUUUGGUUACGCAAAGUAAAAUUAAAAAGUAAUUACAAACAUCACUCCAUCCAGGGUGUAUCCUGCCUUGAUGCCCAAAGACUCCUGAGAUAGGCGCAGGCUCCCCGUGACCCGAGGUAAAUUCCAGAGUUUAGAUAUCACAUCGACGUCACACCUCAGAUGUGCUGGGGUUUGCUUUCUCCAGACUCUUUCAAUAGAGUGUCCUGAUGUCACAGAAUUUCCACAAAACAAAGGAACAG